AUGCCUACUGUAAACUACAGUGGCACUAGCCACACAGUCUUCCCCUUGCUGGGCAUCCCUGGCCUAGAGGACCAGCACAUGUGGAUUUCUAUGCCCUUCUUCAUUGCCUAUGUCACUGCCCUUCUUGGGAACAGACUACUUAUCUUCAUUAUCCACAAACGCAGCCUCCAUGAACCCAUGUACCUCUUCCUCUGCAUGCUGGCUGGAGCAGACAUUGUCCUCUCCACGUCCACCAUUCCUGAGACCUUAGCUAUCUUCUGGUUCCAUGCUGGGGACAUCUCCCUGGACUGUUGCAUCACUCAGCUCGUCUUUGUCCAUUCCACCUUCAUCUCUGAGUCAGGGAUCUUGCUGGUAAUGGCAUUUGACCGCUACAUUGCCAUAUGCUACCCACUGAGGUACACCACCAUUCUUACAAAUGCUCUGAUUAAGAAAAUUGGUGUGACUGUCUUCCUGAGAAGUUAUGGUACAAUUUUCCCUAUCAUAUUUCUUUUAAAAAGAUUGACUUUCUGCCAGAAUAAUAUUAUUCCACACACCUUUUGUGAACACAUUGGCCUAGCCAAAUAUGCUUGUAAUGACAUUCAAAUAAACAUUUGGUAUGGGUUCUCCAUCCUAAUGUCAACGGUGGUCUAUGUUGUGCUAAUUUUUAUUUCCUAUAUGCUGAUUCUCCAUACUGUCUUCCACAUGCCUUCUCCAGAUGCUCGCCACAAAGCUCUCAACACAUGUGGCGCCCAUGUCUGCAUCAUCAUCCUCUUUUAUGGGCCUGGCAUCUUCACAAUCCUUACCCAGAGGUUUGGACGCCACAUUCCACCUCAUAUCCACAUCUUGGUGGCUAAUGUCUGCAUUCUGGCUCCACCUAUGCUGAAUCCCAUUAUUUAUGGGAUCAAGACCAAGCAAAUUCAGAAACAGGUAGUUCAUUUUUUGUUUAUAAAAUGGAAAUAACUUUGGUUUAAGAACUGAGUUUUCAGAAUCUCUAGCUAUCUGGUAAAUGGGUAUGGAAGUGGUUGAUGGGAGGGGUCAGCUGACACAGUAGGAAACAACUCAGUGAAUACAACGCCUGGAGCAAGGUCAACUGGGAAGUUGCAGGGCUUACUCCUCCACUUUUUAAACCUAGGAGAGUAAUGCCAUGUUUGACUGAACAAACUACCUCCUGCACAGAGCCUGGAAGAUGAUGGAUUGGUUUUUCAGAAGUGAUGUAUCCUUAAUGACAACAUUAUCAUAAUCUUUGGAAAUAGAGGAAGUGGGAACAGUGUUCUGGCCUUGGAUUUGUUCAGCUAUCCUGUACUGAGUUUCUCAAGCUCUUCAUAAAGGAUAUGUUGUAUUCCUUUACGAUCACAUACAAACCUCCAUUCUUCUCUUUCAUUCUAGCUAAGUGACAUUCUUAGAAUCAGUGAUUCCUAGGUUUUCCAUUUAUUUCUAUUAUGUUAUAGCUUAUACCCUAUGAACAUGAAUGUCUGUAAUGAAGGAUUGCAAAUAAAUUGUGCGAUUCAUAUUUUGCAGAACAACCCUUGAGGAACCUGAGCCUGAUCAUUCUUAUGCUGGGACAUGUAGUUUCUGAACGGGUGGUGUGUGCUGGGGAAAUGCUGAGGAAAGGAAACUCCUUCAUUCUCAAUGUCAGGCUGUGUUCUUCAAUGAGCUCGUCCUCAGGAGGACAUUCAAGAUGUUUAUUCACAUGAUUUCUGAGUGCUUUUACAACCACACUUCCCAAUACCUUCUAUGCAACCUGAGCGUUAGAUAUACCAGGCCAUUAAUUCAUCAGUUUUCUUAGGUUAUGCCAACUCUUCAGGUACUCUGCAUUCUCUUGAAAUAACAUCAACUUGUGGAAAACCCUUAUUCCUCCUUUCAUAUCUAAUUCUCAUGUCAUCUCCUCUGUGACAUUUUCUCCAAUCACAAUUUGUUUCUCAGUGUAUUAUAGUUGAUAUUUCCUUUAUGAGAAAAAUAGCAUAUUGCUCAUAUUUUUAAUACUUAUUUUUAUUAACAAUCUAUGUUCCUUCUAGAAAACAUUAGAAAUGGUGGGGAAAAAAACUUAAUAUGGAGCUCAUAAAACUAUAAUCUUAGAGGUCUCAAGCAAUUUUACUGUUAAAAUUUGUUAUAUAUAGCUAUACAUCUUUGUUUAUAAAUUUACAUAUCUAUAUAUCUGUAUCUAUAUCUGCACCUG